UUUAGAUCCGGAGGAAGACUUGAAUGCCUGUUCAAGUUAAACUGUAUCUCCAACUUCAGAUCUGUCUCAGAUUUCUCGAUCCGUUAAGUUGUUUCUUUGCCCUGACUUGCAUCUGAUCGCUCCAGAAAUGGCAGCUGCACUUGUUCCCUCAAUCUUGGACCUAAUAGCUAGAGUUGAAACUGUAGCAUCAUUGGAAGGGGUGAGGCUGGGGGGAGAUUCUAAAAAUGAACUCCAAAGGCUUAGGAACAACCUUGAGGCCUUAGAUGCUUUCCUUGAGGAUGCAGAGCAAAAGAGAAGGACUGACAUAGCCAUCGAAUGUUGGUUAGGUCGGCUUACAGAUGCAGCUUAUGACUUGGUGGAUGUGUUGGACAAGUGGAUCACUACACUCAUGAAGUUGAGAAUAAAAGGAGUUGGAAAAACUUCUAUUCUGAAGGCUAAGGUAGGCUCCUACAUCACCUACUGUUUACAUACUGCCCAAGUUGUUAGGCGUGAUGAUCUUGCUUUCAAAUUAAAGGAAAUCAGUGACAGGCUAGAUGUGAUUGCCAAUGAAGGAGAUACGUUCUUCUUAGUACAAAGAUCUGUGUUUCAACAUAGCAGACGGAUUGAGAGUACAGCUCUUGUUGAUGUGUCAGCUAUAAUUGGUCGAGAUGAGGUAAAGGGAGACAUUGUAAGCAGUUUAUUGUCGGCAUCUACUGAAAAACUUAAGACAAUUUCUGUUGUUGGCAUGGGUGGGGUGGGAAAGACAACUAUUGCUCAACUUGUUUACCAGGAUGAGGUGGUUAAGCAGCAUUUUGAUCAUAGAAUAUGGGUUUGUGUCUCAGAUGUAUUUGACGAGAGUAAUGUUGCCAAAACAAUAAUUAAAGGAGUUGAGCAUGUUGAAAGAUUUGAAGGAGCGGACUCUCUUGAUUCAUUUCCCCUUUCUGCCCUUCGUGAUAGAAUUUGUAGAUCUAUCCAAGGAAAGAAAUUUUUUCUUGUGUUGGAUGAUGUGUGGGGAGAUGACAUGCAACUCUGGGAAGGACUGAUCCAGACUUUCAAACAUGGUGCCCCAGGGAGUAGGAUUUUGUUAACUACUCGUAAGGAUACAGUGGCAAACAUGAUGGAGGACUCUCAUGUCAUUCAUUUGGAACCGUUUUCUGAUGAGCAGUGUUGGAUGGUAGUUAGUCAAAGAGCAUUUUCUGGAAGGGGUGUUGAACAGUGUCGGAAUUUAGAGGAUAUUGGGAAGAGAAUUUCAAACAAGUGUAAAGGCUUGCCUCUUGCUGCAAAGACUCUGGGAUGCCUACUAAGUGCUAAGCUCGGUAGAAAAGAGUGGGAAGAUAUUUUGAACAGUGAAAUCUGGGAGUUAAAAACUGCAGAAAAGAUGAUUUUUGCUGCUCUAUUGUUAAGUUAUAAUGCUUUGCCUUUGCCACUAAGAGAAUGUUUUAAGUACUGUGCUAUAUUUCCAAAAGAUUUUGUGUACGAUGGAGAAACAAUAAUAUACCACUGGAUGGCACAAGGUUAUUUAGGAGGGGACAAUGGUCAAGAUUUACAAUUAAAAGGAAGAGAGUUCAUUAGCUACUUAGCAGCUUGCUCUUUCUUCCAAGAUUUUCUGAUGGAUAAAGAUGGUCUAAAGUCAACAUGGAAGAUGCGUGACAUUAUGCAUGAUUUUGCACGGUUUUUGAUGAUCAACAAUGGAAUUGUGAUUGAGGUCAACCCAAAAGGCAAUUCAACAAUGGAUUCGCCUUCAAGAAAAGCUCGUUAUUUGACAGCAUGUAUACCAGAAGGGCAAUGUCUUCCUACUUCCAUUUAUGGUGCUGAAAAGUUGCGGAGCCUUAUGAUCAUUUCUGGGGAGAAUGCAAUAACCAAUGAGGCUGUGCGAAUCAUUUUUAAUUGAGCAAAACAGCUAAGGUUGGUGGAUUUUGGUUGCCAUAAUGCAUCAAUGGAUACAAUUCCAAAAGAAAUAGGGAAUUUGAUCCAUUUGAGGCACAUUAACUUGAACGAAAGUAAAAUAAAAGGAUUGCCCAGAUCCUUGUGUGAGUUACAUAAUCUUCGAUAUUUGAAUCUCGAAAACUGUGAAUCUCUUGAGAAUUUGCCAGAUGAG